AGAAAUGGAAAAACUUUGCAAGUAUAAACAACAGAAAACUGCUCACUAUACUAAAAAGAAUGCAUAAACCAAUCCGAUCUCGAGAACAAACUGUCAAUAAAUGAAGGCACUUUCAAAUUAGUACAAAAUAAUGAAGUAAACAUAUUUAAACACCGAAUCCGUGACCUCAGGUUUGAAGAUGAGUAUAUUGGCAUACAUUCAAACUAUUUAUGAUUCCUUGGGAAGCUUUGCAUUGUAUGUUUAUACAUUUAUCAUUAAUUUAGUGGAAUUUAACUUCAAGGCUGUGACAGUUACUGUUGAAACUUUCAAAGAUAUUAUUACAACGACAGUGAACAUUUUUAAAGUUAUUAACAGCAUCCUCUCAAACGUCGUAUCCUCUGCAUUCGACUUUUUGGUAGAAAUUUUUGGACUCCUGCAUGCGCUAGUUUUAGUACUAUGGAAGUUUAUGGUUUUCCUUGGGUCUGUUCUGUACUCAAUAUAUCAAUGCAUUGAGAUUUUGAUGCACUUUAUUGCAAUUAAUGCAGUUUGGCUCUUCCGCUUAUGUACCAGUGGUGCAUUUAGUUUUAAAGAAAUCCUUAUAAAGAUAUAUAACUUAACGUCAUAUUAUGCAGUUAUAACCUUCAAUCAAAUAACUGCUGGAAUAUCUACGAUUGGAACAAGUGGCUCUGAAGGCAUGGUUACCUUAUUUAAAACAUUGAAAUGGUGUUUAUCAUCAUUAUGGUUGAACAUAGACAGUGGAAUGAUGGGGUUCGCUGAGGGUGUAAGAUAUGUCACUGAUUCGAUAUAUUACAGUAUGAUUGACUUGAUUUACCUGAAGAGAGAAACAUACAUAGGCCUUAUAUUUUGCCUUCUUGUGAUUUGGAUACUUGCCAAUGUGGUCAGAUCUUUAAAGCAACGUGGUAUGACCUUCCCUGGAAUUCAGGAAAACUUUGACGCUCAAUAUGCAAGAGUAAGACCUACUUUUGGAUUUGAUUUCUCAGACAAUGAUUCUGAUGAUUCUGAUGGACAAAAUGAAGAUGAAAGUGACAUCACAGUGGCAUCAUCUGAGGCCGACGAUGAAGAGGUGGAAGAGUAUGAGGUUGAUGACCUCACAACAGACGAUGAAGAGUUGUCAGACAGUGAUUCUAAUUCAUCAAUUGAUAUUCAGUUGCCUCCUGUAAAUAGUGCUAGUUAUAACUUACGUAGAUCAACCACUCCGUGUAAUGGAGGCGUACAUACAUCAGAAGAUUUCCAAAAAGAAAUUGAAAAGGAGAAGGAGAAACUGAAGUGUGUUGUGUGUCAGGACAAUGAUAAAUCUGUUUUAAUUUUACCAUGUAGACAUUUGUGUCUGUGUCUGAGUUGUGGAAAUACAAUUGCAAGAUUAAGAAAUGUUGAUCGGAGAGUAUGUCCUCUUUGUAGGGUGAGAAUUGUAACAAUUAUGAAUGUCUAUACAUAGUAUAGCAUGGUUUUCUUUUGUAUGCAGUUGCAUUUGUCAAUUAAUAUUGUUCACAUUCGUUAGUGAUUAUCAUUACAGCACAUAAUUAGAUCAAGAUAGAUUUUAAUAAUAAAGUAGCAUAUUUAUAUAACCAUCUAUGUUUAAUGUAUAAAACUUGUACAUGUUGUACAUGUAUGUAUCUGUGUACAUGUACAUGAUCAUGAUGAUGUACAUGUACAAAUGUAUGUAUAAGCACAUGAUUUGAUUUGAUUUGUAUAAGCACAUGACAUGUUUUGGUUGGUAUACUUUUUUGUAUGAAAUUUCACCAUAAUUAGUAAAUAAGACUUAGUAAACAUGACUAUGGUCAGUUUGAUUAUUAAAAACUGUGAAUGAAAGAACUGUUUUGAAUAUAUACAAUGUACAUGUGGCAAAAUUAAGUGCUUUUUUCCCCACUGAUCUCACAUGAAUAAAAUCGAUGGGUGUUUGCAAUUCAUAUGAUCAAAGUUCAUACCUUAGUACAAGGACCUACUGUAAGAGCAGAAAUUUUCGUGGAGGAUUUAAUUUCAUUUAUUUCGUGGAAAGAAUAUAUCCACGAAAUUAAAAAACCCACGAAAAUUUAACCUACAUAUAUAAUUAUAUCACUUCCAUUUACUGAAUUAAACAGAAAACCACGAAAUUAAAUCCCCCUGAAAUCUCAUAUAGAGACAAAACCACGAAAUUUUAACCCCACGAAAAUUAAUGUUUCUACAGUAUAUUGUUAAAGUAAUAUGUUUGGUUUAUUCUUUCAUUACUUUUAGUGUAUAUUCUUUAUAUUUUCUAUGCCAUAGUGUUCUAUUUAUAAUGUCCAUAAUCCCACUCAAUGCAUCAUUCAUUUCAUUGACUUUUACUUUUGUCUUUUUAUCAUAUUGCUGGUUCUUACAUCCUUCAAAUAACAUAGUCAUAUAAUAUAUAGCAGCUUAGCUAUUAUAAAUUAAAACGAUAUUAUAUUGGUUAGUUCUCAGGUGAAAUGCCUUUUUUGUCUCUCCUCAAUGAAGUUGGGGAGGAUAAACUAAUGUGUGCUGUUUCUGGUGGCAG